AUGAUGAACAGUACAGAAGAGACCGCAAGUCAAUCUGCGACGAGAAUGAUGCUAGCAGAGAUUGCAACAUUCGUUUCAAAAGUGAUAAUAACAUUUAUUCUUACAAAUAUCCAAGAUGUUGUUAUAUUAAUAAAUUUUUUUCUUGCAUCAUCAGAAACUGAUAGUAUCAUGGAAAGUAUACAUGUUGUAUUUGGUCAAUAUUUGGGCUUUAGUACAUUGCUAAUGUUAAGUUUAUUUGGUUAUACUAUUUCGUAUAUGUUGCCUGUUAAACUAUUUGGAUUUCUUGGAUUUUUAAUUAUAUUUUUUGGUUUAAAUGGUUUGCGUAAACUAGCAAAAGAUCUUAUGAAAAAAAGAAAAGAGAAAAAACAAGCAUUUGAAAGGAGUCAAGAUAACGAACGAGUAGAAUUUAUUCAAUUUGAAUCGGAAAACAUUACAUCAAAAGAAAAUCUAACUUUUAUGGGUGAUAUUAAGCAAAUAGUUAAAGUGAGUCUUGUAACAAUUGCGAAUGGAAAUGAUAACAUUGCCAUUUAUGUACCGAUAUUUGUUCAAUCGAAAUCCUGGGAAAUUAUUGCCUAUGCAGUAGGUUUCUUAAUUAUGGUCGGAGUACUAUGUUUCGUCUGUUAUUAUUUUGUACAUUAUCCACUUAUAUUUAAAUUUGCACAAAAAUAUGCUCAAUUUAUCAGUCCAUUCGUAUUCAUCGGCCUUGGAAUUUAUAUUUUAAUUGACUCAAAAUGUUUUCCUUGGCUAAUCGAAGUUCUUGAAACAGGACAAUGGACAUAUACCUAA